GGCUCUUCGUGACGUCGUAAAGAUGGCGACUGUUCCCAUAGCAAAAAGUCUGGACUUCCGAGGACGCAAAAGCCAAACUCAGCCUCCAUGGCGGCGAGUGACGCCUCGGCUGUAGGCUCACAACUUCUUGUUUUUUCAAGAUGCUCGUCACCAAAACCAUCUAGCUGAAUACCUUUCAACUUCGGCGAGGCUGUACGAGGGAUGCAAACAUGCAACUGAAGCACCUAAAGACACUUUUAACACCCCAGGAAGGUUCGGCCAAAGUGACUUGCAUGGCUUGGGCCCCAAAUAACAGCAAAUUAGCUGUUUGCACUGUGGACAGAGUAGUGCUGCUGUACGACGAGCAGGGAGAGAGGAGGGACAAGUUCUCCACUAAGCCCAUUGAUUCCAAGUAUGGGAAGCAGAGCUAUGCGGUCAACGACAUGGCAUUCUCACCGGACUCCACCAGGAUAGCCAUCGGCCAGUCGGACAACAUCAUUUAUGUCUACAGGAUUGGAGAAGACUGGGGGGACAAAAAAACCAUUUGCAACAAAUUUAUUCAAACGAGCGCCGUGACGUGUCUGCUGUGGCCUGCAGAGCACACCAUUGUUUACGGUUUAGUGGAUGGGAAGGUUCGCCUUGCUAAUGUUCUGACAAACAAGUCGUCAACCAUCUACGUCACAGAGUCCUGUGUUGUCUCGCUGGCGUCCAAUGUUUCUGGCAAAGGCAUCCUGUGUGGCCACGCGAAUGGGAACGUUGUUCGUUACUACUUUGAUGAUGAAGGCUCUGGGGAGUCUCAGGGGAAGCUUUUGAUGCACACGUGCCCCCCAUACGCCCUGGCCUGGGGUGCAAACAGCAUCGUGGUGGGAGGCUGUGACAAGAAGGUGGUGGCCUACAGCCGAGAAGGUCACCUUCUGCAAACCUUCGACUACAGCCGCGACCGCACUGAGCGGGAGUUCACGGUGGCAGCCAGCAGCCCCAGCGGCCAGUCGGUGGUGCUGGGCAGCUAUGACAGGUUGCGAGUGUUUAACUGGGCUCCCAGGAGGGGGGUGUGGGACGAGGCCAGGCCUAAAGAGAUCACCAACCUCUACACCAUCACCAGCUUGGCCUGGAAGAAGGAUGGGUCUCGUCUUUGUGCUGGCACGCUGUGUGGGGGUGUCGAGCUCUUUGACUGUUGCCUGCGGAGGACCAUCUAUAAGAACAAGUUUGAAGUCACCUAUGUGGGGCUGAGCCAGGUCGUGGUGAGGAACCUCUCGACGGGGGCGCAGGUGGUCCUCAAGUCUUACUAUGGCUACGAGAUAGAAGAGGUGAAAAUCAUGGGCAAGGACCGUUACCUGGUGGCUCACACCUCCGACACGCUGCUGCUUGGAGACAUGCUGGCCAACAAGCUCAGUGAGGUGCCGUGGCCUGGUGGUGGGGGGAACGAGAAGUUCUUUUUUGAAAAUGAGUCAGUGUGCAUGAUUUUUAAUGCUGGGGAGUUGAGCCUGGUGGAGUACAGCGACAACCAGGUGCUGGGAUCCGUCCGAACAGAAUUCAUGAACCCUCACCUCAUCAGUGUGCGUGUCAAUGAGAGGAAGCAGAAAGGAGUCGACACCAACAAAAAACUGGCAUACCUGGUCGACCUGAAGACCAUCGCUGUCGUGGACCUGGUGGCAGGAUCCAACCUGGGAACCGUCAGCCACGACUCCAAGGUGGACUGGCUGGAGCUCAAUGAGACGGGCUGCAAACUGCUCUUCCGGGACAAGAAGCUGCGGCUGCACCUGUACGACAUCGAGAGUGGUGUGAAAACCACGCUGCUGAGUUUCUGCACCUACGUCCAGUGGGUGCCCGGCAGUGACGUGGUGGUGGCGCAGAACCGGGGGAACCUCUGCAUCUGGUACAGCAUCGACAGCCCAGAGAGUAUCACCAUGUUCCCCAUCAAGGGGGACAUCAAAGACCUGGAGAGAGCCGACGGGAAGACGGACGUGAUUGUUACAGAAGGCGUCAAGACUGUGGCGUACACACUGGAUGAGAGCCUAAUCGAAUUCGGCACAGCGGACAACGAUGGCGACUAUGGAGCUGUCACAGCUUUCCUUGAAACUCUGGAGAUGUCACCAGAGACUGAGGCCAAGUGGAAGACGCUCCGCAAUCUGGCACUCGAGGCUGGCCAGGUGCACAUUGCAGAAAGGUGUUUUGCAGCUUUGGGUGACGUCUCCACUCUUCGCUACCUCCACCAGACCAACCAGAUAGCUGAGAAGGUUUCAAAAGAAAUGGGCGGUGAUGGGAUGGCGUUCUAUCAGGUGCAGGUGCGCAUGGCCAUGCUGGAUAAGAACAUUGAACUGGCGGAGAUGCACUACGUGGAGCAGAACGCCAUCGAUGAGGCCAUUGAGAUGUACCAGGAGCUCCACAUGUGGGACAAAUGCAUUGCAGUGGCUGAGGCCAAGGGUCACCCAGAGCUGGAGACGCUGCGUGGGAACUACUACCAGUGGCUGACAGACACAGGUCAGCACGAGACGGCCGGCGAGGUCAAGGAGAACGAGGGAGACUUCCAGGGCGCCAUCAACUUGUACCUGAAAGCAGGGCUUCCAGCUAAAGCCGCCCGUCUGGCAAUGAACAAGCCCACCAUCGCCAACAACAGCGACACAGUCAGCCGCAUCACCGCCAGCCUCGUCAAGGCCGAGUACUUUGAGCAGGCUGGCGACCUGUACGAGAAGACGCGCAACCACCAGAGAGCUUUGGAGUGCUUCUGCAAAGGAGCUGCUUUCAGUAAAGCCGUGGAGCUGGCUCGCCAUGCCUUCCCCGCCGAGGUAGUGAAACUGGAGGAGGCCUGGGGGGACUACCUGGUCCAACAGAAACAGAUGGACGCAGCCAUCACCCACUUCAUCGAAGCCGGCUGCUCCAUAAAGGCCGUGGAAGCGGCCAUCGCGGCUCGCCAGUGGAAGAAAGCGGUCCACAUCCUGGAGUUAAAUGAGGAUCCGUCCACCGCUGUGUACUGCUUGAAGAUAGCGCAACACUACGCCUCCAUGCAGGAGCUGGAGGUGGCGGAGCAGCUGUUUGUGAAGGCGGGCCACAUUAAAGACGCCAUCGACAUGUACACCACUGCAGGAUGCUGGGAGGAGGCUCACAAGCUGGCCCUGAAGUGCAUGAGCAAGGAGGAAGUCACCGACCUUUACAUACGCCGGGCUCAUGAGAUGGAGCGAGAUGGCAAACUGAAGGAGGCUGAGAGGUUGUUCUCCACAGUGAGCCAGACGGAUCUGGCCAUAACCAUGUACAAGAAGAAGCAGAUGUUUGACGACGUGGUCCGCCUGGUGGCCAAACAUCACCCCGACCUGCUGGCUGAGACCCACCUCCACCUGGCCAAGGAGCUGGAGGGCGAGGCCAAGUUCUCAGAGGCAGAACAUCACCUGAUGCAGGCUGACGACUGGAAGGCUGCUGUCAACAUGUACCGACUUCAUGACAUGUGGGAGGAUGCAUACAGGAUCGCCAAGAGCCACGGGGGUGCAAACGCCCAGAAGCAGGUGGCCUACCUGUGGGCCAGGAGCCUCGGAGGAGAGGCGGCCGUCAAGCUGCUCACCAAGUUUGGCCUGCUGGAAUACGGCAUCGAGUCAGCAUCCAACAGCUUUUUAUUCGACUUUGCCUUCGAACUGGCUCGUCUUUCCAACAAGGAGAAGAUACCGGAGAUCCACCUCAAAUAUGCUAUGUACCUGGAAGAUGAGGGCAAGUUUGCAGAAGCUGAGCUGGAGUUCAUUAAAGCAGGAAAGCCCAAAGAAGCCGUGCACAUGUAUGCACACAACAAAGACUGGGCCAAUGCGCAGCGCGUGGCUGAGAGCCACGAUCCAGAGAGCGUCCCGGAGGUUCUGGUGGGCCAUGCCAAGUUCUGCUUUGAACAGAAAGACUACCAGAAGGCUGAAGCCCUCCUGCUCCGAGCAGAGCGAUCCGACCUGGCUGUUAAAUACUACAAGGACGCUGACAUGUGGAGCGAUGCCAUGCGCAUCUGCAAGGAGUACCUCCCCAACAAGCUCGCACUUCUUCAGGAGGAGUAUGAGAAGGAGGCCACCAAGAAGGGCAUGCGAGGUGUGCAGGGUCUGCUGGAACAGGCGCGGGAAUGGGAGCAGUCUGGUGAAUAUUCCCGAGCGGUGGAAUGUUACCUGAAGGUAAAGGAGGACCCCAACGUAGGCCUCAUGGAGAAAUGCUGGACCAAGGCCGCCGAGUUGUCAAUCAAGUUCCUGGGUGAGGAGCGAGCGGUGAAGGUGGUCCAGGUGGUGGGGCCUCGCCUCGCCCAGCAGAGGAAGUACAACACUGCCGCCGAGCAGUAUUUACAUGUGGGCCUGGUCAAGGAGGCCAUCGACGUCCUCAUGGAGGGGGAGGAGUGGAACAAAGCCAAGAGGGUGGCCAAGGAGCUGGAGCCCAGGUACGAGAGCUAUGUGGACCAGAAGUACAAGGAGCACCUGAAGAACCAGGGAAAAGUGGACUCGCUGGUGGGCGUGGACGUCAUGGCGGCUCUGGACAUGUAUGCAGAGAGAGGCCAGUGGGCCAAAUGUCUGGAGACGGCAUCUAAACAGAACUUUAAAAUCCUCCACAAGUACGUGGCCUUGUACGCCACGCACCUCAUCAAGGAGGGGGACGCUCUCAAAGCGCUGCAGCUCUACGUGCAGCACGGAGCGCCCCCUAACCCACAGAACUUUAACAUCUACAAACGCCUCUUCCUGGACAUGAUUCACCUCCCUGAGGCUCCGGAGUCGUAUCGCACGUGGGCUGACCUCCGCAACGUUCUGCUGCAGCUGUGUGAGAGCUUGGCCAAGUCAGUGGGGGACAACUCGGUGGCGCACGAGGACUUUGAGCAGAUGUUGCUCAUCUCCCACUACUAUGCCGCCAGAGCUGCUGCCACUGGGAUCGAAGAGCUGACGAGCAUAUCGGCCAAGCUGUGUGUGUCUCUGCUGCGUCACACGGACCUUGUUCCUGCGGACCGAGCCUUCUAUGAGGCCGGCCUGGCCUGCAGGGCGGCUGGCUGGGAGAACAUGGCCUUCAUCUUCCUCAACCACUUCCUGGAUGUGUGUGACGCCAUCGCAGAGGGAAGCCUGGACUCCUUGGAUCACUCGGACUUCUCAGACACAGACAUUCCCUUUGAAGUUCCGCUUCCUACCAAACCUUGCGUCGGCGACCCCCAGCGGGAGGAGAUCCGGAAUUGGGUCCUGACGGUGGCCGUGUACGGCAGGCUAGAGCAGGUUCUUCCACGCGAUGAGAGGAAUUCGUACGAAGCGUCGCUGGUGGACGCCAACAGUGGCCUGCGCUCGCUGCCUUGUGUUCUUACCGGCUACCCCGUUCUGAGGAACAAGGUUGAGUUCUCCUCGGCAGGAAAAGCUGCCAACAAAGAAGACUGGAACAAAUUCCUCAUGACCACCAAGACCUCUCACAGUCCAGAGUGUCAGGACGUCCUCAAGUUCAUCAGCCAGUGGUGCGGCGGCCUGCCGGCGUCUGGGUUCUCCUUCCAAUGACACCCAUCGGAAGGUUCUGUCCUCAUUAGAAGGAUUUUUGAUUAUUUAUUGACAUUUUCUAUAGUUAACGCCACUUUAGGCACUCUUUUUUCCAUUUCAACAACUUCCUGAGCUGCAGUCAGCUCCUUAAAGCUUCACAGGAAAGUCAGCCUGGAAUAGAAACAACCUCAUAAUAUUUUUUUUCUAUCUUGCAGCAGCUACACCUCACCUGUUGGAAGCUCUGAAUAUUUAUUUCAUCUGUUUGUUUUCUCACUCAAGUGGCCUCAAAUUUCCUAUUUAUCCUAUUUGAACUGCAAGUCAAACAUGGUGUUCACAUUAAAAUAAGGUCAAGUGAGAGGAACGUGACAUCCUCUAACAGCAAACACUACACGUCAUUAAGGCGGUUCUAAAAUGAUGAUGUGGUCAUGAAAGGUACACUCCAGCCUUCGCCUUCAGCUUCUCAGAGUUUCAUGGAGCCCAUUAAUGCUUCAUGUGCACUUACGUAUGGAAAUAGACACAAAACUGCACCAAAAAAAAAACUUUUGUGUUCCAUCCUUCUGACUUGGCUAUGUUGUCACCAUGGAAACGCAUUCCUCCGCUCGCUAUCAUCCAUCUUUCGCUCGCCUCGUGAGAAGAGCUUUCUCAGGAUGGCGUCGCUGAACACAACCGACUGUCUCGUACGAAUUGGACUCAAAAAAAAAAAAAACAAAGGGUGACAUUUAAAACUCCUCUUUUCUCCAUGUGUGCCACAGAUCACACGGGCACAAGCAAUGUGUGUAUAAAUGUAUUUUAUUUGCUACAAAAAUACAAUAAAUCAAUAGUUUUUAAGCAUUUUCUAAGCAGUGUUGCCUUUAUUUUGUAAAAAAAAAAAAAAAAAAAAGUGGGGACAUGAAAAAACACAAAUAAUGUAAUUUUAUUUCAGCGUUGGUGAUGGUGGUGUGUAACUGUAUUAAACUU